AUGGCCCAGCCUCCCAAAUUUGACUUAACUCCAGAACAGCAAGCAAGCAACCUGGAGUAUUUUCGCCACCAGCUCUUCGAAACUUGCCCAGCAACCACUCAGAAAGACGUCGAUCUCAAUGGCAAGACAGCAAUACUGACUGGUGCCAAUGGCGGUAUCGGAGUGGAGUGCGCCCGUCAGCUUCUUGACCUGGGCUUAAACAAGCUCAGCGAGGCUGCUCUCGAGAAGAUAUCCACUGGCACCGGACGAAAGCUCUCACACGGGCAGGUAGAAAUAUGGAAGCUCGACAUGUCGUCUUACGGAGCAAUCAUGAACUUUGCUGAGCGCGCAAGUGCCCUUGAUCGACUCAACAUCGUGAUCCUUAACGCUGGUGUGUAUAGAAUCAAUAUGGAGCUCAACCCUUCGACGGGCCACGAAGAAGACGUUCAGAUCAAUUACCUGUCCACCACCCUCCUCGUCCUGCUGUUCAUCAGGCUGUUCAAGUCCAUGAGAGAGUCCGGUUCAAUAUCCACAGCCGGGCGCAUUGUUAUUGUGACCUCGGACCUGGCUGCUUGGGCGAAGUUUCCCGAAAGACACGCAGAUCCUUUGCUCCCUGCGCUAGACAAGAAACCAGCAAAGUGGGACAUGGCUGAGCGUUAUAGCACCUCAAAACUCUUGUUCCAGCUCUUUCUCUCCGAGUUGAUCAAGGUGGUGCCCUCUUCCACAGUUGUCAUCAACGCGGCCAACCCUGGGUUCUGCUAUGGAACAAGCUUGGCCCGUGACGCAAACGGCACGAUACUCGGCCUCGUCGUCUUCAUCAUGUCUCGCAUCAUCGGCCACUCCUCUGCCAUUGGUGCUCGAGCGGUGAUUGACGCCGCUGUGAACAAGGGACAGGAGUCUCACGGCGAGUAUGUGGAAGGUGGCAAGCUGAGACCUUCGGCUCCAAUCAUAUACACUGCUGAGGGUGAGCAAAUUGCGAAACGACUUUGGAGAGAGACAAUGGAGGAGCUUUCAUUUGCUGGCAUUGAGGAUAUUGUGAAAGCUUCUAAGACCACAUGA